GAUAAUCAGCUUGCACUCUCUUACUACGUCGGGAAUCCAUCGAUUGUAAGGCAAUCCGUUCAUAAUAUGGGCGAGGAGCAGUUGACUCUUACUGGCACACUGAAAGGGCACAAUGGUUGGGUGACUCAGAUAGCCACGACACCUCAGGUUCCCGAUAUGAUUCUUUCCUCGUCUCGUGACAAGACCAUCAUCAUGUGGAAGCUGGAUCAUCACGAGGGACACUACGGAACAGCUCAGAAAGCCCUUCACGGUCACAACCACUUUGUCUCGGAUCUCGUCAUCUCGUCCGACGGACAGUUCGCGUUGAGCAGCUCAUGGGACAGCACACUGCGCCUUUGGGACCUCAAUGCCGGUCACACGACGCGCAGGUUCAUUGGCCACACGAAGGACGUGAUGAGCGUUGCGUUUUCUGCCGACAACCGACAGAUCGUGUCUGGAUCGCGAGAUCGAACCAUCAAACUGUGGAACACUCUCGGACAGAACAAAUUUACGAUCACUGACGAAGGUCACAGUGAAUGGGUCUCGUGUGUUCGGUUUUCUCCAAACCAACAAAAUCCUAUCAUCGUGUCAUGUGGCUGGGACAAGUUAGUCAAAGUCUGGAAUUUGACUAACUGCAAACUGAAGACUAACCAUUUUGGUCACACGGGCUAUCUCAAUGCUGUCGCUGUUUCUCCCGAUGGUUCUUUGUGUGCGUCUGGAGGGAAAAUCGGUAUGGCCAUGCUGUGGGAUCUCAACGAGGGCAAACAUUUAUACACACUAGAGGGUGGAGACGAGAUAAAUGCUCUGACCUUCAGUCCAAAUCGAUACUGGUUAUGUGCAGCCACGGGUGGAAGCAUCAAGAUAUGGGAUUUAGAAGGCAAAAUGAUUGUUGAUGAAUUACGGCAAGAGGUGAUUGGUUCGGGUUCGAGGCACGCUGCACGUUGUCUCAGCUUAGCUUGGUCUGCUGAUGGACAGACUCUGUUUGCUGGUUAUUCAGACAAUGUUAUUCGCGUAUGGCAAAUUUCACAUAGUUCGUAAACGA